AUGGCUACAGUGUCAGUCCAUGCUCUGAAUGCUGGCCAUCUUACCAUUCCCGAACGAUUUUUUAUUGUCCCAGCUGAUCCAGUGGCCAAACGGACCGUCCCCUCACUAUCUUUCCUUAUCCAGCAUCAGGACGGUGCUGGUAGAAAAUUGUCGCGAAUUGUCUUUGAUCUGGGUAUGCGACGAGAUCUCAACUUGUAUCCAUCAGCACUACGGGACCAUCUCGCCAGCCGUGGGCCGAUCGACACAGAACCAGACGUUGUCGCCUCACUCGCCGCAGGAGGGCUGGGAGUCGACGAUAUCGACUACGUGAUAUUCAGCCACGUCCACUAUGAUCACGUUGGAUUUCCUCGUGACUUUUCAAACGAGAGGACGAAGUUCAUCGUUGGCAAUGGUGCCAUCGAUCUUCUCGCGGGCAAAACGCAGCUUAACCUGGGCAAACACAUGGUCUUUGAAUCAGAUUUACUUCCCCUGGAGCGGACGAUAGAGCUAUCACCUCCUGAGAAGCUCAAUGGCCAGGAACAAAAUGGAGCACAAUUUGCUUGGGAACCUCUGGCUUCAUUUCCAGAGGCGAUCGACUUCUUUGGAGACAGAACUGUCUACAUCAUUAAUGCACCGGGCCAUCUCCCUGGCCAUAUCAACCUGCUCUGCAAAGUCUCGAAUGAUACGUCCAAAUUUGUCUAUCUUGCAGGAGACGCCUGCCAUGACGUUCGAUUAUUGACGGGGGAGAGAGAGAUUGCUACUUGGGCGGACGAGACGGGUAGACAAUGCUGCAUGCACGUUGACAUACCAAAAUCGAAGGAAACGCUAGCUCGAUUGUAUGCUGUCUCGAAAGAUGGGAUUAAGGUGAAUGGGGAAGCGCCGGCGGCAGAGGUCGAGGUGGUGUUUGCGCAUGACUUUGCGUGGGAAGAAGAGGCGAAGAAGAAGGACAAGUUUUGGCCUGGAAAGAUAUAA